AUGUCGAGUUCACAAUCAGACCACGUGUUUCUAGUUUUAUCGCAUCCAAUAAAUCAACAGAAUGCAUCGAAUAUCGAUAACUUACAGCAAAUUAAAUCCAUCUAUAUUUUUUCUAACAAGAUAAACGACGAAGGAAGAUGGACAAGAAAUAUUCCUAAUUAUAUCAACGAUCAAAAUAAAUUAGCAUUAAAAUUACAUAAAGAUAUUUCACCAUAUCGUCAAGAACCAUUUCCUAUGAGUAUCCUAAAUGUAACAAAUGACGAAAAGUCUCUACAGGAUUUAGAUGAAGAUAGUCAAAAAUACAUUUGGUACUAUUUAUUAUUUGAUGUUUUAAAACAUAUGCCUGGUAGUGAUAGCAGUGAUGCAAAGAAGGAUAUGAUUGAAAUGUGUAAGAAUGAGUUUAAACUUUCUGACAACGGAAUAACUGCAUUGGAAGAUUAUGAACGUAGUACUUCAGAGACUCAGUCCACACAUCCAUCUCACAUCCUCUGGUACACGAAAGAAAGUUUUCUUCAUCGUACAUUAGAUAAAGCAAUUCGUUCACAAAAUAUUAGUCAUAUAUUUAACUUUCGUUUCUUUAUCAACGGUAUUCAAACCCAAUUACUUGAACUCUAUAGUCAAUCUACGGCGUUCAACAAUAACGAACAUUUUGAACUAAUAACCUACCGAGGUCAAGUAAUACUCUCUAAUGAAUUACACAGUAUGCGCAAGAAUGUUGGUAAGUUAAUGUGUGUUAAUUCGUUCUUUUCUACAACACUAGAGAAAGAGGUGGCUUUAGGAUUUAUGCGUGUCCCGACAUCUGAUGUUAAAAGAGUGCUAUUCAUUAUAACGGCAAACACAGAAAAAGCUGUAUCACAGCCGUUCGCUCAAAUUAGUUCGGCUAGUUUCUUUCCAGACGAAGAGGAAGUUUUGUAUAUGGCGGGUACUGUUUUUCGAAUUGACAGUGUUCAAAUGACGAAUAGUGGAGAAUAUUAUGAAAUUCGACUGAUACUGAAUGAUAAAAAUGAUGAGAAAGUUAAAGAAUUGUUAGGAAGUAUAAAACAUCAGUUAGCGGAGGAAAAUUCAUUUAUAACAUUUGGAGAUUUUUUAAUUGAUCUUGGAAGAACUGAUGAUGCACAAAAAUACUGUGAAAUGAUGUUAAAGAAAAUAGAUCAAAAACAUUAUGGUAAAGCUAUUCAUCCGAUAUACGUCUACAUGUAUAACACACUCGGUCAGUCAUUUUUUGUUAAAGGCGACUAUCACAAAGCCAGAGAGCGAUAUCAGUUUGCAUCUAAACUAAGCUUUCAAAAUCAAGGCUCUCGACAGUACACUGCUGAAGAUUCGCAAGCACUAGCUCUUACAUGUACGAAUUUAGGUUUAGUUUAUUUUCAGUUACAAGAUUAUGGUACAGCACUGCGUUAUUUUCGACAAGCACGCGACAUCAGAAAGGAUCCUCGUUACCCAAUUGAUGAAGUUCGUCUAGCUAAAACCUAUAGUUAUAUAGCUCUGUCACAAAAAGGUAUGGGCAAUAAAGAAAUGGGAUUAAAAACUGCUGAGAAAGCGCUGAAAUACGCUAAAAGAUUGCCAGAAAGACAGGCCGUACUUGGAUGGGCACUCUUAAGUCAGGCAGCAUGUAGUCGGAGUGAAGAAGCCGAGAAAAUCUAUCUAGAAGCUUUAAACGUUUUUGAAAGCGGAGCCUUACCUAAAAACCAUCCAGACUUAGUUUAUUUUCACUUACAAAUCAGCAAAUUAUAUCGUAAUUUAAAAGAGUUUAAAAAAGCAGAAGAACACGAUCAAAAGGCUCUGUUUAUAUGUAAAACGAGAAAUGAAAAUCCGACAGCCAUAAAACUGUGUGAAGAAUAUAUAACAUUAGAUAAAAAUCCACCUGCACGAAAAUAUUCUAUUUAA